UGUUUCAUUUACAUCCAUCUAUUGAAAUGGCUCAUCAAGGUCCACCUCCUCUUUGUUGUACCCUUCAACCCACCAAAAUUGGAAAGCCUGAGGUUGUCCGCCAAACAGCUGCGUUUCACCCAACGGUGUGGGGUGAUCACUUCCUUAACUACUCUGGAGACCAAAAGAAGGUGGAUGGAUGGACAAGACAGGUUGAAAUGCUCAAGGAAGAAGUGAGAAGGAUGCUCGUCAACACCCAUGGUUCAUUGCUAGAAAUGAAUCUGAUUGAUGAUAUUCAACGACUGGGAGUGGCGUAUCACUUUGAAAACGAGAUAGACGAGGCAUUACACCGUAUAUAUGGUGAAUAUACGAAAGUUCAAUAUGAUGAUUUGUACGCCGUUGCACUCCGAUUCCGACUGCUAAGGCAAGGAGGGUACAAUGUGUCUUCUGACGUUUUCGGCAAGUUCAAAGAUAAUGAUGGAAACUUCAAAGAAACACUGAGCAGCGAUGUGAGGGGCAUGUUAAGCUUAUAUGAAGCUGCAUACUUAAGCAUACAAGGAGAAGAUAUAUUAGAUGAAGCCAUCGUUUUCACUAGUGGCCACCUUAAGACCAUCGUUGCCCACCUUCAUCAUCCUCUUGAUGCAAAGGUACGGCGGGCCCUAGAGCUGCCCCUUCACAAGCGCAUACCAAGGUUGGAGUCAAGGUACUACAUCUCGCUCUAUGAAGAAGACAAAUCUCGGACCGAUGUGUUGCUUGAGCUAGCAAAAUUGGAUUUCAAUAUUCUACAGUCGUUGCACCAGAGAGAGUUGAGUGACCUUUCAAAGUGGUGGAAAGAUCUUGGGCUUGCAAUCAAAUACCCUUUUGCAAGAGAUAGAUUGGUGGAGGCCUACCUUUGGAUUUUGGGAGUGUACUUUGAGCCUCAGUACACCCGUGCUAGGGCUAUACUAACCAAAAUAUUGAAAAUUACGUCAAUAUUGGAUGACAUUUACGAUGCAUAUGCUACAUUCGACGAACUUGAAAUAUUCACUAACGCAGUCUACAGGUGGGAACUUGAAGACGCAGAAGGGCUUCCAGAUUACAUGAAGGCUUGCUAUCUCGCACUCCUGAACACGGUGGAUGAAAUAGAGAGCCAGAUGAUGCCGGAUGAAAAAUUCUACCGUACAAACUACAUAAAAAGAGAAAUGAAGAUGUUCGUCCAGUCCUACAUGGAUGAAGCCAAAUGGGUCAACAGAAAGCACGUGCCUACGUUACGAGAGCAUCUUGAUGUCUCGCUACUCAGUUGUGGCUACCCACUACUAACCGGUGUUGCUUAUGUUGGCAUGGGAAAUUUGGCAAGCAAGGAGGUCUUCGAUUGGCUGAAUACCCAUCCUAAGUUUGUUAUGGAUUUAUCUAUUGUAUGCCGACUCGUGGAUGACAUCGCAGGCCAUCACUUUGAGAAAGAGAGGGAGCAUGUUGCUUCCACCAUCGACUGCUACAUGAAGGAGCAUGGUGUAUUAGAGGAAGAAGCAUGUACCAAGCUUCGAGAAAUGAUUGCUAUGGGGUGGAAGGAAAUAAACAAGACAUGCCUUAGACCAACAGUUAUCCCGUUGCCACUUCUUCUUCGAGGAGCCAAUCUCCCACGUGUGAUAGAAGACCUGUACAUCCGCGGAGAUGGAUAUACUCAUUCCAAACAUGAGACCAAAGAGAAAGUCAUUGCGGUGCUUGUUGAUCCCAUUCCCAUUCCCAUGUGAAAAUCAGGUGUCACACAAUCAUCUUCUGUUUGCUUAAAUAAGCUUGUGGUUGUUUAAAUAAGGCUUUGUUUUAUAGUCACCUCUACUCUAUAAGGGUGUGGGCCAUCAAAAUUAUUUCUCAUAUGCUUGUAUUUAUGUUUAUAAGAUUAUUGGGUGUUUAAUAUACGUUUAUAGUUUUCAUA